AUGAAGGCAACAGGUGCCAUAGUGCUUCUCAGCCUCCUGCUGCUCUCUUUCUUCUCGGAUGUAGCAGGUCAAGACAUUGAAGAGAUUUGUAGAGAGUUUGUAAACAGAAGCGUGUACUGCACGAGGGAGUCCAACCCUCACUGCGGCACGGACGGCAUCACGUACGGAAACAAGUGCGCCUUCUGCAAGGCAGUGCUGAGAAGUGGAGGGAAAAUAAGAUUGAAGCACCUGGGGAAGUGCUGA